AUGAAGACUUUCAGCCUCAUCGCCCUUUUCUUCGCCGGAAGUGCUCUGGCUUCAAUUCACCACAACUGUGGCUGCACCUCUCAUGGCAACUACGACGUCGACCUGAGCAGAGCUGCCUGCGCUCUUUGGGGUUCCAACCAGCCCAACACCCACUUUGAUGGCUAUUCUUGCAUUGAUAAGGGUAGCGGUCGUGGAAUUGACGGACAGCCUUGGGAGAACACUUGCAAGCAGUCCUGGGACGUGAGCUUCGGUGGCAACCGCAACGACGCCUGGGGUAGAUGCUGGCACUAA